AUGCCGUUCAGCAAGAUCAUCGAUAGGUAUAUAGAUCUCCACUUUAACAACACCUACUGCAUCUUCUCUUCCCCUCUACUGAAAUCGACGAUGGGCGCAGACACACCCGAACUACCUCCAUCCCGAUGGAAGUUGGAUCACAUUCCCGAAAAUAUCCUGGACAACAUCGUCGACUUCUUGGCUGAGGAUGCCAUUGCCUCUAAGCCUCGUGUCCGACAACCCCCGGGAAUGUCGGACGAUUUCUCGAUGUUUUUUAUCGGGUACCCUGAAUACGUCCACUUCUCCAAGGAUCUCAAGAGAUUGUCUCUCGUCGACAAGCUGUGCAGGCAAAACGUCUUUUCGCGAAAGAUCGCUUCUCGAGUCGUCUUGACGUCCCAGAAGCAGACGGCUAGGUUGAAUGAGAGGAUGACCCCUGCUACUCGGGAUUAUGUGCGCUUCUUGAGCAUAGCCGAUCGUCCCAAAGCUGGCGAUCGGGUGGAAUGGGCGAAAGAUCGACACGACCUCAUCUCCUCUUUCAAAAACUUGACCGACAUUCAAGACGAGUCGGGUGAGAUCGCCCGAUACCAGACCCCGCUCCCGGCCACUAUGGACUCGAUCGGGAUCAUGUUGCAGAGCGGGGACUACCCUGCCGUUCCUCUUCCUACCAGGAAAGUCGACCGACUCCGGAUCGAAGCGGACCAUGCCGCAUCAAAGCUGGAGAUCGAGGGCAGUAGGGAAUCGAUCCUGUUCCAGGAAAAGGUCAAGGUUCUCACCCAGAACAUUUCGAGCGUGAAUCUGUUCGAGUGGAAGCCGGCGGCUCUGUCCACUUGCGGAUGUUCACACGGAAAGAAGCAUAACCUUCCUGCUGAGGCUCGAUACGAGGAUCCGUUGGCGGGCAAGCGGUUCGGUAUGAUCGACACCCUCACGUUGGAGGUACCGUUCGCUACGAUCAACCCGGGAUCGAUGCGAGAGGAUCAAUGGUGGGGUUACCUCGGUUGGCUCACGACCACAAAGGCCGAGUUCAAGACGCUCCAGAUUACGAUGCAAUGGGAUCCGUCGUUCUUGCGAGGUCCCGCCAUAGGACCCGACUUCAUCCUCGAAAGUCUCGGGACCCAGCUCAAGUUCACCUUUGUUCCCGGUCAACAAAUGCCACAACUGCAAGGACAAGGGAUGUGCAGAACGCUGCACGGAUGGUCGCAAAAGAUGAUGAACAACCACAAGACGCUGGAAAAGAUCUCCAUCGCCUACAUCCUCGCCUUGCCGAACGGUCAGCCGGGUCGAGUCUACCGAAAGGUCAUCGUCACCCGUGCUGGGUUCCCUUACCGGACUCACGAGAUCAAGUACGAAGAGCGGUACAAGCAGGAACUCAUGCAAUGGAUCGACGACGUCAUGGUCUUCCUCGAAUCAGGGUUCGAACCUCCGUUGCCGCACGAUUUCACACGGGAAGACUUUUUGAGGCUCAAGAAGCAGUAUCCGGACGCUCCGUUUAUGGACGAUUUCUUGAGGGAACGUGGUAGGCGCUGA